GCUGCUGCCACUGCCGGUCUGCGGAGCCAGGAGCCCAGGGCCUCCCGGCCACCGGCCCCACCGACCCUCCUGGGCUGGCUCAGCGAAGAGUGAGCUGCCCUCAGUGGCCGGCGUGGGGCCGAUGGCCCAGUCCACCUCCACCCCCGCUGACGAGGGAGCCACCUUCGAGCACCUCUGGAGCUCCCUGGAGCCAGACAGCACCUACUUUGACCUUCCACAGUCGAGUCGGGGGAGUGAGGAGGCUGGCGUCGGCACAGAGCCCAGCAUGGACGUCUUCCACCUGCCGGGCAUGACCGCCUCCGUCAUGGCCCAGUUCAAUUUGCUCAGCAGCACCAUGGAGCAGAUGAGCAGCCGCGCGGCCCCGGCCAGCCCCUACACCCCGGAGCACACCGCCAGCGUGCCCACCCACUCGCCCUACGCACAGCCCAGCUCCACCUUUGACGCCAUGUCCCCGGCGCCCGUCAUCCCCUCCAACACCGACUACCCCGGCCCCCACCACUUCGAGGUCACCUUCCAGCAGUCAAGCACAGCCAAGUCAGCCACCUGGACGUACUCCCCGCUGUUGAAGAAGCUCUACUGCCAAAUUGCCAAGACGUGCCCCAUCCAGAUCAAGGUGUCCACGCCACCACCCCCGGGCACUGCCGUCCGGGCCAUGCCCGUCUACAAGAAGGCAGAGCACGUGACCGACAUCGUGAAGCGCUGCCCCAACCACGAGCUUGGCAGGGAUUUUAACGAGGGACAGUCUGCCCCGGCCAGCCACCUCAUCCGCGUGGAGGGCAACAACCUCUCGCAGUAUGUGGACGACCCUGUCACCGGCAGGCAGAGUGUCGUGGUGCCCUACGAACCCCCGCAGGUGGGGACGGAGUUCACCACCAUCCUGUACAACUUCAUGUGCAACAGCAGCUGUGUGGGGGGCAUGAACCGGCGGCCCAUCCUCAUCAUCAUCACCCUGGAGACCCGGGAUGGACAGGUGUUGGGCCGCCGGUCCUUUGAGGGACGCAUCUGUGCCUGUCCUGGCCGCGACCGCAAAGCUGAUGAGGACCACUACCGUGAGCAGCAGGCCCUCAACGAGAGCGCCACGAAGAGUGUGGCCGCCGGCAAGCGGGCAUUCAAGCAGAGUCCCCCUGCCAUCCCCACCCUGGGCAGCAGCGUGAAGAAGAGGCGGCACGGGGACGAGGACCUGUACUACAUGCAUGUGCGCGGCCGGGAGAACUUCGAGAUCCUGAUGCGGGUGAAGGAGAGUCUGGAGCUGAUGGAGCUGGUGCCACAGCCCCUGGUGGACUCGUACCGGCAGCAGCAGCAGCAGCUCCUGCAGCGGCCGAGCCCCCUGCAGCCUCCCUCCUACGGGCCUGUCCUCUCCCCCAUGAACAAGGUGCACGGCGGAGUCAGCAAGCUGCCCUCGGUCAACCAGCUGGUGGGCCAGCCGCCCCCGCACAGCUCAGCGGCCGGGUCCAAUCUGGGGCCCAUAGGCCCUGGGGUGCUCAACAGCCACGGCCACACCAUGCCGGCCAACGGGGAGAUGAACGGGGGCCACAGCUCCCAGCCCAUGGUCUCGGGAUCACACUGCACCCCGCCACCACCCUACCACGCUGACCCCAGCCUCGUCAGCUUCCUAACAGGAUUGGGGUGCCCGAACUGCAUCGAGUACUUCACUUCCCAGGGGCUACAGAACAUGUACCACCUGCAGAACCUAACGAUCGAGGACCUGGGGGCCCUGAAGAUCCCCGACCAGUACCGCAUGACCAUCUGGAGGGGCCUGCAGGACUUGAAGCAGGGCCAUGACUGUGGCCAGCAGCUACUGCGCUCCAGCAGCAACGCUGCUGCCAUCGCCAUUGGCGGCUCUGGGGAGCUGCAGCGGCAGCGAGUCAUGGAGGCCGUGCACUUCCGCGUGCGCCACACCAUCACCAUCCCCAACCGCGGUGGCCCGGGUGUGGCCGGCCCCGACGAGUGGGCGGACUUUGGCUUCGACCUGCCGGACUGCAGGUCCCGCAAGCAGCCCAUCAAGGAGGAGUUCACGGAGGGCGAGGGCCACUGAGGCUGGCCUCCUGAGGCCACUGAGGCUGGCCUCCCGAGGGCCGCUGAGAACCGCCUCUUGAGCGCCUGUGGCGGUCACGCUCUGCCUCAGUGGCAGGACCUUUGGCCUGUGUCCAGAGAAAAGGCAAGGGCCUCCCACCAUGCGCCACUUCCAGGGGGACAUCACUGGCCUUCUCUGGCCGUAGGAGAUGCCCACUGCAGCCUGAAUCGCCUGUGGAGACUCUGGGCGCGCCUACCCACGUGCUUGCCAGGCUGGGCAUGGGCCAGGUGCCAACGCAGGGGCUGCCCUGGCAGGUAGAAGGACACCGGCGUCUGUUCUCCAUGCCCCAUGGUCCUUGGGGACUCUGUGCUCCCCUGACUGAGCAAGAACUUCUCUGCUGAUGUUCUGCCAAGAAGUAUUUUCCGGCGUCUCUUCGUUCUGGGUAGAGUGAGCAGCAGGCGACGGCUGCUCGUUUGUUGGCAGGUUGAGGUGGAACUGUGGCACCCGAGGUGGCAUCCUCCUCUGCAGGACCCGAGGAUCGCUCUGCCCCUAGCACACUCUGCAGUGACCGUGUCUUUCCUGCCCAAAGCGGAGCUGGCUGGCAUUGGAGCUGGCUGGACAGGGAGGGGGGCAUGGCCCCUCCUCAGAGGCCAGGAAGCUUCUGGUUCUGCCUCCAGUAGGUGCCCCUGCAAGCACGCUGGCUGCAGUCGCCUCUCGGUGACGGAGAGGGACGGCCUGUCGGACUACGGACUACCAGCCAGUCAUGUGGUCCUGCAGCUUUUCCCCUGCUCGAACUACGGGAGGUUGUCAAUGUUUGAUAAAAUGACACUCUUUUGUACGCGGUGGGUCAGCUUCGUGUUUGUGUUUGUUUAUUUGAGUUUUGUCCUUGGCAUUCCCUCCAGCUCAACCUGGCACGUCCUGGCUUUCCCACAUGUUGCCAACAAGCCAGGCUAAGAAAGCCCAGGGAGGAACCAAGGUGGGCUGUCACUUGUCCCAGGAUGGACAGCUGUGGAGGGGGCAAACUGAGUCGGCAGGUAGGAACGUCCUUCUCUGUCCUCUGUGGUUACUUCUGCGGGUGUCACAGGUCCACCCUCUGGGCUGAGGCCAGUUCUCUGCUGGUGGCAGUUUCCUGUCCUCGGGGGAUGGCACUGAGGCAGGGGCAGGGGGGCCAGGCCUUGAUGGAGCCUCUACAGACUCAGCAGGCUUCGGGGAGACGUCUGCAGGGGCCCGCCUGUUGGGGCCCUUCCACCUGCAAGGACCCUCCUGAGCCUCCGUAGCCAGAGCUCCUACAGUCAGGGCAGGGGUGGAGCCCGGGCAGGAGCCUGACGUGUGUGACAAAGCCAGCCUUCUGCUCUACCUGCAGCACUCAUGGCCUUGGGCCAGUGACUGGCCCUCUGCCAGCAUUCCUUCCUUCAGGCCUGGCUCUCCUCUAAUGUCAGUUAGCAGAGACGGUGAAGCCCCCAUGUCAGAGGAAGGUCAGACACUGCCCUGGUAGGACCAGCUCCAGGCCAGGACUUGGUCCUAGAAGGGUGCAAAAUAGAGGCCACCUGUCUACUGCCCCCAGCACGAGUGUGUGCCGACAGGCAGGGCUGCCACACGCCACCAGACACUUCCCGGAACCUUCAAGGACAGAUGCCUGGGUGUUCAUAGGGUGGGAGUGGCCAGAAGCACCACCACCAGGGCCUCCAGCAAGCUCCAUCCGACUGUGGGGCAGGUGUCAACUGUGCCAGGUGCCACUGGGGUCUGGGGGCUCCCUGGAAGUGCUCACCUCCCCAGCCCCAGCAUGGCGCAGGCUUCCUGGUGUCGGGUGUGACCUGGCUGAGGCUGGCUCACCUGCAGGUGUGACUUUGCUUGUCAUCGCACAGAUGAGGAUACUGAGGCCAUGCAGGCUUGUCCCCUGCCUCAGGUCAGGAUACUGGCUCUGCCCUGUAGCAGCUCAGGAGCCACGCAGGUCGCUCCUGACUCCUGGGUGCUUAGCCAUCUCAGCAACGCUGAAGUGCCAGAGACCCACGUGGGUGCGCCUCCCAGGCACCGUCCCUGUUCAGCCCCGUUCCAGGAGCGGCUGUGCUCCUGGGCGGGUGGCUCAGGGCCUGGAGGGGCCCACGAGGUGGCUGUCGCUGGACCCUGUCACAUCCACAGAAGGAUGGGCGUUUGCAGAACCUGCCAGAGGAGCCGUCUCCAGCGCCGGCCGCGACGCCUGUCUGUUGAUCUGCAGUCCCCUGGCGCUCAAUGGAGGAAGCCUUGGGAGAGGGGAGACCACGGGUGAACUGCCCGAAGCUCUACCACGCUGGGAGGGGUGCUUGUGGCCAAGAACCGGCUUCCUCGUGAGGCUGAACGCCUUGGUCAGUAAAACGCGAGAAUCAGGAGGAAACAAACCUUCGAGGCCUAAGGUUCUCCCAGCAGCACCGGGCGGCAGCCUGGGAGGCACAGCGGGUGUCUCUGGAAGCCUCUGCCGGGCAAGGGGUGGAGUGGCGGGAAGGCCCCUCAUGUCGCCGCCCCAGCCUGGGCUGUGUGGUCUCAGGAAACAUGGCACAUCUUCCACUGUUGGGGGCUAUGCCAUGCGGACUACGCCAAGAUGGCGCCUGGCAACCAGUCGGAAGUUGUUUUGAUCACUCGGCGGUGAGGAGGUCGGUUAACAUAGACACACCCAAGUGCUGUAUCAUUGGCCGUAUUCAAGUGAUUCCACGCACACAACGCGUGCACAAGUGUUCCCGAGAGCUCCUGCUCGUGCCUGUUUGACCUUUACUGCGAUUGGGCAGCUAGCUCCGCGCCUGAUCUUGGCAUAACUAGCGAUGGCCCUUCCCUUCGCCUCCUGGA